AAGUUAAUUUAAGGACAUGGCCUCAGUGCUGUACAAUAUAUAUAUAGUAGAGAAAUAUUAACAUGGAUUACAUAUGAAGUAGACAACCUACAAUUAAAAUUUUCCAAUCCUACUUAAUUUCUUUUCUUCUCCACCACAACAGCUCCAUAUUAAUUAAGUUUAAUUUGAGGAUAUGGAUCCAGUGCUGUACAAGGCAGCCUCUAAUGGCCAAAUUGACCCCUUUAAGGAAAAGUGCAAUGAACUCGAUCUUACCAAAGUAAUCACCCGAAGAAAGAACACAGUUUUGCAUCUCAAUAUCAUUUAUGGAAAAACCACAGAUGACGAAAUUAGCUUCGCAAGAGAGAUCUUGGAGAUGUGUCCAGAACUGUUGAUGCAAACUGAUGCAAGAGACGAGACUCCCUUACUUAUGGCAGCAAGGUGUGGUCGUGCCUCUAUGGUUAAGUUUCUUAUUGAACAAUGUGGAAACGACCAAGAGAAGAAACAAGAGAUGAUGAGGAUGAAGAAUAUUGAAAAGGAUACUGCGUUGCAUGAGGCUGUGAGGUACGGACAUCUUGAGGUUGUAAGAAUAUUGACCGGAGAAGACCCUGGUUUCCGGUAUUCGGCUAAUGAAGCGGGUGAGACUCCGCUUUACUUAGCCAUCCAAAGAAACUACUCCUUCCCGGAAUUGGUUGAUGAACUACUGAAUAAUUGGUCGACACUGGACACUGGUGUUCCUAAUGGAGGAGGAACUCUACUGCAUGCUGCAAUUAAAACAGGCAACAUAGGUUUGGUGGAAAAGGUUUUACCAAAAGUAGAACAUCUGAUCAACCAAAGCGAUGAGGAGGGAUGUACUCCUCUGCACCAUGCGGCUACUAUUCAUUAUUCUACUGGUCUAUUUAUUACAAAGAUGUUGGUUGAAAAAGAUAAAAGUAGUGCCUACAUCAAAAAUAAACAUGGUAUGACACCUCUCCACAUGGCAAUUGCCAAUAACAAUUUGAGGGUAACGAAUGAAAUCAUAAGUAGAUGUCCAGAUAGCUGCCAAAUUGUUGAUAAUAAGAGCAGAAACGCUCUACAUUAUGCUGUCACAACUCAAGAUGUUCGUACAGUAAAACUACUCUUGGAACAUGAGUUCAUUGGCAAUGACUACUGCUUUUUGAAUGGAAAAGACAUUGAGGGAGAUACUCCCUUGCUUCAUAUGGCUGCUACUUCAUCAUGGCAUGUCGAAAUUUUAGAUGCUUUCUUGUCUAACCCAAGAGUGGAUAGGAUGGCAUCCAACAAUCAAAACAUGAAUAUUAUAAAUAUGGUGAAUCGUCUAGAUAUAAAAGAAGAUAAGAAGAUCCAACGUAAAUUGCGUCAACUCCUCCUUAAAUACAAAGUAUUAGACAAAACAAUGAUUGGAGCCUUUAGAUUUCGAAAUGCAGAUUUCAAUGCAGUGCCGGUAAAUCCUCACUAUGAACAAAGAUUAAUGGACCGCGAAAAAAUAAAGAAAGAGAAGAGAAAUGAGUGGAAUGAAAGAAAAAAGUUCAUCACUACAAAAUACAAAGAGUCAGCUCUAGUUGCCGCCACAUUAAUUGCAACAGUAACAUUUACAGCCGGUUUCACUUUGCCCGGCGGUUUAAUAAGUAAUGAGAUUGGAAAUCAACAACAAAUAGUUGGCACUGCUGUUCUCACCAAUAACAAAGCCUUUCAAGCGUUCAUCAUAACUGACACAAUAGCCAUGGUGCUCUCUACUACGUCCGUCUUUAUGAACCUCUUCCUCACUGUAGUGUCUUCUGGCGAACAUAGUGAAGACUUGCUGUCAUACUAUAUUGUGUCUAUGGUUUUAGCAAUGGUGGCUAUGGGAUUAAUGGUGAUAGCAUUUGUUACGGGUACAUACGCAGUAUUGUCGCCUUCCCUUGGCCUUGCUAUCGCCACCUGUGUUAUUGGAUUGUCUUUCUUCGGUCUUAUAUUCUACAUAGUAACUAGGAGCAAAACGGUAGUAGAUGGUUUAAGAGCUCUGGCGGCACUAGUUUGCCUUCUGCCAUUUAUACUGGUACUACUUUUGAUCUUUAUAGUGGGCAGCAUACAGUAUCCAUUUUGGAAAUAAUUAAGAUCGACUAUAAGAAACUGCAUACGAAAUGACAAUGAUAUUGAGGACCCGGAACACUGGUUAGAUAUGUUUUCGAUGUGUCUUCCACUAAAGGUAGUAUGGGAGCUGGCAAUAGCUCCUAGCUGCUGCGACAUCACCAACGAAAUUGAUUAACUAAACCUACAUAAUUGUAAUAUCACUUAUAAAUAGCUCAUCUUCUAUAUACAUGUGAGUUAAGGUCUUAGUUUGAUGAAACAUUGUUUUGAGAGAGAAUUAGAGAGUUGGAACCAAAAACAGUGUGUACAAUAUGAUCAGAUUGGAGGGAUGUUAAAGGGAUUGCCAUUUUAAGAAAUGGCUUCCCUCAAGUGAGAUUUGAUUGUAAUUCUUCUAUGUUUGUAUCUUUAGUUUAAUUCUCUGGAUUCUCUCUAACAAUUGUAUCUUUAUUAUUAUUAUUGUAAUAUUGUAGAAUGAAAAUGCUAUUUGGAAAUA